ACUGUUUUAUUUUACUAUUUUCAUAUUGUAAAACAUGUCGUGAGAAUAAAUAAUGGCUGUUGUUCGUAUGCGUAAAAAUUCCUUGCCUACCGCUCGGCAGUGGCUUGGAGAUGGCAGUGAAGACCAUUCUAGAGUAAUGCUGCGAAGGUAUUUCUAUCAGCACAAAAUUUGUUAUGCUUGUUGUGGAUUUUAUGGUCCUAAUUUUGAACAACCUCUUUGUGUCACUUGUCAUGCCUUUUUAUAUCCUGGUGAUGUAAAUAUUCCUGAUGGUUGCGUGGUUUAUCAAGAGAAAAGUGAUUCUGAGGACUCUGGGAAUGAAGAACCUUCUGAUUUCUCUGAAUUAGAGCAAAGACAAGAAAGGCCACCAAGAAUAUUGCGACAGCCUAAGUUGGAUAAACUAUCAGAAUGUAUUACUGCUCUCAUUUGCCCGAAGAGGAAAGAGGUUUUCGAGGAAGGCCUAAUGGAAAAUCUUCCGAAUGAAGUUCUUACAGUUAUAUUUUCUUAUUUGGAUGAUUUUUCAUUAUGGAAUUGCUCUCAAGUUUGCAAACGUUGGUGUAAUGUUGUAGAAGCUAACAAUCCUGAUGAAAAAUGGAGGCAAUACACACAAAAUCGGUGGCAGCUUUUCAAACCUUCUUUUCUUGUUCCUUGUUGGAGGAUUAUGUAUUCUAAAUUAGCUCUAAGUGCACCAUGCAUCCUGUGUCUACAUCAAAUGACUGAACAGGUUGAGCCAAAUGUUGUUUAUAGUUCAUGGAGAACUACUAGGUUACGAAAUGAAUUAAAAUCAUUGCAUUCUGAUCCCCCUGAGGGUAUUGAAGCAGCACCAUUGGAUGAAAUGUGCUUCCAUUGGCAGGCAUCAAUUGAAGGUCCUGCAGAUAGUCCUUAUGAAGGAGGAACAUUUUUCUUGUAUUUACAAAUUCCAUCAAGUUAUCCUAUGAAACCACCUAUUGUUCGUUUUAUUACCAAGAUAUUUCAUCCCAAUGUAAGUCGACAUGGUGACAUAGGGAUUGACUCUAUCCAUGACAAUUGGAGCCUUAUUUUAACAAUCUCAAAGAUACUUAUAAGUAUCCAGUCACUAUUAACAGAUCCUUAUUGUCAUGUUUGCAUGGAGCCCGAAAUUGGACGCCUAUAUCAGGAAAACAGAGCUGCUUUUGAUGGCAUUGCUAGACUUUGGACUCUUCGCUUUGCAAUGCUGAAUAAAAGGCCACCAAUUUUAGACAAACCUUCAUUUCUUUCUCAAGAAAAUGCUCUUAAUCCUAACUUGUGACGCUGAUUAGGAAGUCAUUUUUGAAGUAUAAUCUUUUGUAAGAUAAAAUAUCUGUAAAUUUGUUACAUAAUUUCACGUAUUUGAAAAAUUGCCAAUAAAGUGUGUGAGUUGUGUUGUGCUGUGUAUAAUAAGAUUCCAGUGAAAAAUGUGCACUAUACACUCAUGCCAUGUAUUUUUUUCCCAUUCCUACAAUGAAUUAUUUACUGUAAAUAUAGGAGUGUUUUCCUUGAUCAGAUUUAUUGGAAAAUGUGAAGAGGAUGGAUGAAGGUACUGUGCUUAAUCAAAUUAAAAGUGAAUAGCAUUGAAGACUGAAAAGCCAUGUUAAAGAAAAUCACCUUGCAUUAGAGGCUGAUUAUAAUGUUCUCAGAAAUUUUAUCAUUGUGAUGAAAUCAUCAUCAUGAGGAUCUUCUUCAUAAUUUAAUUCACUUUUUUUCAUUGAGGUAUUUUCCAUUGGCUUGUUAAAGAAAAUAAAUAAAAAAUCCUGGAAGGAUUUAGUGUUUAAUGGAAAUUAUCAUGAAAUUAUUUUUUAAAAUUCAUUUACUCAGUGUUUUUAUUUAAUUAAUUUAAAAUAUUAUUUGUAACAAUUUCUAGUGAUUCUUUAUCUUAUAUAAUAAUUUUUGUCAUCAAUUCAAAUAGAUCUUUUACAAAUAUUCAGUAUCACAUAUUUAAAAAUAUGAUGCAAUUAUAAAUAAUGAAAUACGAAUUUUCUUUAUCAGUUUCUUACUUCUUUUUUGGAAAA